AUGCGCAACCUCAAAAACGUGCGUCUUCAAGAGACGCGUGUUCAGGGUGAUCUUCCCUUGACCGCCACGGCUUGGGACACUUCGUCAGACUCCGUCGUGUGCACCUUUGGCCCUUCUCAGGACAGCCCAGUCAUCGAGCUCAGAAGGAAGCGCCCCGAGGUCGUUUCCGCUGAGCAGCUGAACCUCAAUGACUUUGACUGCAUUGCGUCUUGGGAUGCACCAUGCCCAUUGCCAGACUUGCCAUGUGACCGAGUCCUCUCCUUGCACUAUUUUGCGGAUAACUUGACCGCAGUCCUGGUGCUGGAGGGCGGUGAUAUUAUCAUGGUGCGCGAGGAGCCCCUCGAAGGAGAGGACAAGAUCGAAAUUUUAGGCUCAGUUGAUGUGGGAAUCUCGGCUGCGGCUUGGUCUCCAGAUGAGGAGCUGUUGGCUAUCACGACCAGAGCCAGCACCUUCCUGUACAUGACUAGGGAAUUCGAGAAUGUCGCUGAAAUCACCUUCUCCCAGGCUGACUUGCAGGCAUCUCAACACGUUUCUGUUGGAUGGGGUAAAAAGGAGACUCAAUUCCAUGGUAAAAGAGCCAAGGCCAUGCGGGAUCCUACUGUGCCGGAGAAGGUUGAUGCAGGCAUACUAAGCACCUACGAUGAUGCCCGCACAACUAUCAGCUGGAGAGGCGAUGGGGCUUAUGUUGCCGUCAAUACUGUCGAUGAGGAUCUCCGCCGUGUGAUAAGAGUGUACUCGAGAGAAGGAACUUUGGAAAGCGUCAGCGAACCGGUUGACGGCCUCGAGGGUGCUCUCAGUUGGCGCCCUUCAGGAAACCUUAUUGCAGGAAUCCAACGACUGCAAGACAGGAUCGAUGUUGUGUUCUUUGAACGGAAUGGUCUUCGCCAUGGUCAGUUUACUCUUCGCUUGACUGAGGAGGAACGUCAAACCUGGGCAUCGCGCAUCCAUCUGUCAUGGAACAUCGACUCCACAGUGCUUGCAAUUCGGUUCACAGACCGAAUCCAGCUCUGGACAACGGGCAACUACCACUACUAUCUGAAGCAGGAAAUCCCUGUCAUGGUCGAACCAAUGGCCACGGUCCCAUACUCCUUUGAGUGGCACCAAGAAAAGGCUCUGCGAAUGGUUGCUGGGUCAUCUGGCUCUAUUCUGGAUAUCGAUUAUGUGUUUGAUAUUCAUCAUGGGUCGACUGUGAUUCCGGAGGAUGUUGGAGCCGUGGCCGUUAUUGACGGGAAAAACUUGAAGCUUACUCCGCUGAGACUGGCUGGUGUACCACCUCCCAUGGCUCACAAUGAGCUGAAGUUAGAUUCCAACGUUAUUGACGUGGCGUUCAGCAAGUCGGGUACGCGGAUCGCUGUUCUAAUGGAAUCAAGCUUCGCGAUUUUCCUCUGGUCUCUCAAGAGUCGCCCAGUCCCUCUGCCGAUUCUUGAAUCUAGCUAUCCUCUCUCCGAUGCGGUUGAUAGUCGACCCAGACAAAUCGCUUUCGUGAAUGACAAUGAGGUAUAUGUGUUGAAGAACAGUGCGCCAAACACAAGUCAUAUCGAGAGAACGACCUUGGAAACUCGUGAAACUCGUCUUGUCUACCAGACAUCUGACUCCGAGCAGCUCUCAUCGAUGUUUGCUGGAAUUGGACACCUGGCUUUGUGGUUUUCCCACGCCCGUCAGCCCGGUCAUGCUGUUACCUACUCAAUCAUCGAGAUGACUGAGGGUGAUGAUAUCUCUAUUGCUCCUUGGACUGACUGCCCCAACGUUGACACCCAUUGGGCCAAAGCUGUUUCAAUUUCAGACACCGAGGUACUACUUUCUGUGACUUUGCUAUUAGAAUAA